AUGCAAAACCCAAAGGAGACAGUCUACUUUCCAGACAAGAUGUGCGUGUGCUCGAUGAGCGUAGCCUAUGCUGCUAGCGGCGGUGAAGAUGGGAGACAAACGGAGAGAAUGGCAGCGAAAUCUUCACCUACAGGCGAAACCGUGAUCAUGCCAAUCGAUGAAAGCAGUACUGCCGGUGGAGAGAUCCAGGACGAAGGUAUCUACGCAAAUGCUGGCGACUUAGCGGCGUUGCUGACUCCAAAUCGCAUGUUGGUAGAUCUUCAAAGGCUUUUGGAACAAAUGAGAUCCCUGUCCAUGGGGAUCCGACACAGACGACAUGCGAUGGGUGCGAGCCCGGGCUGCAAGGAUGUCGAUGUAACGACAGAUUUUGUUCGCUGGGCUUUCGAUAUCCUCAUCAGUGGCCUUCAGAAUCGUGCCGGAGAAGCAACUCGACUUCCCAGCGGAAUCGUACAAAUGCGUAGGAGAGGUCUUCGAUGCCCUGCGUUUGUCACCUGGUACCAAAGAGAUCCGGAGGUAUUCAACGGAUCUGAGGACGGUUACGAGCUGCGCGGAUGUAUUGGAACUUUGUCGGCUAUCCCUCCCGAGACGAUAGGGCAAUAUGCCUGGACUGCCGCACAGGAAGACUCACGCUUCCCUCCGGUCGAACUGGACGAGGUGUCUGCGCUGAAGGGCACCACGGCCAGGAACUACCUGGACUGGAUCCUUGGCAUGCACGGGCUGGCGGCGGAAUUCGACGUGAAUGGAAAACACUACUCGGGUGUCUUCCUACCGCAAGUUCUGUUGCAGUUCGAGACGAAAGAGAACAGCGUUGUUCAGUUGAUUCGCAAGGCGGAGUAUUUCGGUCCAAUUUCAAAAGAGCUCCUUGACUCAAUGCAGCUCACAAGAUUUCAGGGCACGCACAUAUCGCUCUCUUUCCCUGAGUACAAGGAAGAAUACGGAGUGAUAGGCCAGGCGUCACGCGUUCAAAAAGACAAAUUGAUGGAGAAGGAAGCAGAAAGUCUUCCGUAG